AUGACCGUUUCUCCCCCUCCAUACGAUGAUGUUGUAGAUGAGUCACAUGGUGGUUCUCCUCAGGUCUCAGGACCGCCCAUUAUUCGAAUACCAUCUACGUCAUCCACUUCGUCUACUCUCCCGGUUUAUACACAGUCGGCAUAUUCUGAUGUCAGAGAUACUGAGUCCACAAAGAAAUCUAGGAACAGAAGCUCAAUCGCCAGUACUGAAGCUCUCAGGCGUCUCCGCAAUGCCCAAGAAGAAGUCAGAAGACUACGAGAACUUAACCGGCGGCUUAAGGCUGAGGGGUCCGCUGCAUCGAGUUUGAGUAUCAGUCGUAUCGAGCAACUCCAGUUUGAUGCUCGAGCAAGUAGUGCCAAUGUGCCGAAACGUGCCAACUCAGGGCUUUUCAAGUCAGUCUGUGCGACGGAUUUACUAUUCCUCAUCGACACCACGUCCUCCAUGGCCGAACAUAUCGAUGCAGCAAAAACGCAAGUCAAAGAUAUAGUCAGAGACAUCAAAGCUGCCUUCUUGGAAGAAGCGGAAGUUCGAAUAUCUGUUGUCGGCUAUAAAGAUCAUAUGAAUAAUCCAAACAUUGAGUUUCUCGAUUUUACCACCGAAGUCGAUCGAGUUCAUUCUUUCAUCAAUGGACUUCGUGCUACUGGUGGGGAUGAUGCACCUGAGGAUAUGCUUGGUGGCAUUAACGGGGCUUUGAACGCGACUUGGAAAAAUGCGACACGCUGCAUUAUACACAUCGCUGAUGCUCCGCCCCACGGUAGAGAUUCUCACGAUAUGGGCGAUUCGUCAGAUAAGUUUGCCGAACCAGGCAGUGAACCUCACGGUCUGACAUAUGCGCCCUUGAUAAAUCGGAUGGUAGGCAUGAACAUAAAUUACGCCCUCUUGCGCAUCACCAAUUUAACAGACCGGAUGGCAUUAAACUUCCUAAGAAUCUAUCUCGAGAAAGGCUCUCAAUGUCAACUGCAUCCGUCCAAUAAUUACUUCGAGCAGGCUUGUGACGAGAUCUCAAAGUCUUGCAGCAGCUACCGUGCUGGCAGCUCGUUUCGCAGCUCGAGGGCAACGCUGCAAUUCGAGGAAAGAUUGCUUGGGACUUCAUUUGAAGAACUUCGGCAUUUUGUUGUGAGAAACGUUACAUCGUCAGCAUCUCGAACUGCAGUGCGACUGUCUGGAUCGUCCUCGACACCACGAAAGAGCAUAUAUGAGUCGAAACGGAAGAGGAACGGGAUGGACGCCAUCAAAGAAGAUAUGGAUGACGCUGAUGCCCCUGGAAUCGAGGUGGAAAACGUUGUGCCCCAAUGGGAUGCUCCAGGAUGGCUAAACGAGACCAUUAAGGUCGAAGGAUUUUCCCCGGACGUGGGCGUCCAUGGGGCAAGCACUCUGAAUGACAUGAUGGAAGACGACGAAAAUAUCAAAAUGAGUAUCACGGAGCUAACUAUCAAUAAGCGAUCGAAGCCCUUCGCACAUGGAGCCAUGCGUGUCGCAACGUACGCUCGCACUCAAAGCUCAACCAACCGAUUCGUUGUAAAGUCGUUCAAGAAACGGGGGAAGAAGCUAGCACAUUUGGUUGAGGACAUGCGUUGUCAAGCGCUUUGCAAGGCAUUCGCUCUAGAGUUCAACGCUCUCCUAGGCGAGGAAUCAUCUCUGGACUUCAUCGCCACGACAUGCUUGCGAAGCAAGCGCAGGACCGCUUCUCGUAAGGACCAUCUUUCUCUGGAGCCAUUUAUGGAAGGCAAAUAUGUGAAAUAUAACAACAACACAAACUGGGUCAACAGAGACUUGCCGAACGAUCCAGUAAAUCAAGCGGCCCAGGCGUUCUCUCACUUCACGUUCGAGCGCUCCCAGGGCAGAUUUCUAGUGAGCGAUCUUCAAGGCGUUGGCCGCCUCUUGACUGAUCCUGCCAUACACGCUCGUGACGACAAGCGGUUCCAGCUCUCCGACACCAAUCUAGGCAAAGAAGGAUUCAAGUUCUUCUUUUCCUCUCAUGAGUGCAACGACAUCUGUCGCAAGCUCCAACUCAAGAGCAACCGUGCUAUGUUUGUCUCUGGCAUCUUUGAGUACAGGGACGACUGGCCAAGCAUGGACAACGUGGUGUGCUGCUCCAACAAGCUUUGCGGGAAAAUUUUGCAGCUUUCGAGCUCAAAGGCCUCCUAUGACUUUCCAGGUCAUCACUGGUGCGACCAAUGCUUUCCUCAGCUUAAGUCAACGAUGCUCAACCUCCUCUGCUUCGGUCCAGGGCCUUAUCACGAGUUUCGGGUUUCUAGAUUCUUUUACGAGUCUCAGGGACGCAAUCCACCAAGGUUAUGCGCGGAACAUCGUGAAGAGGACGCAGUGAUGGCCAACUCAGAGCUAAAUACUUCCGCUACAGUCAUAUCUAAUCCAGGCCGCAGCAUGUUAAACCGACCAGCGGAGUCAAACGACGAAAUCGAACCUGUACCGCUGGCUAGAGCAGUUGCAAAGGCUCCAAAUAUCACAGAACCCGUGGAAAAAGCAAUGAUUGAAGCCACUCCGAGAUUGGAUACAAUCUCAAUGAGGGCAAGGAAGCCAUUCUCUCUGCGCCUUCAAUCAAAUCCUAUCAUCGAGGAAAAGAACUCGGCCUGUACUUCCUCGCCCACCUCGCCUAGCGGUCCGUUCAUCGCUUGCUACGAAUCUGAUUCGGCUUACGACGUAGUGGGCUCGCUUCACGCAAACGAGGAUACGAUUGCGAAAUCAUCGGGGCCUGCAGGUCUCCCAUAUAGCCGUUAUGUAGCGACAUCUGUGGCAAGGACUCAUAAACGCUAUGAGAACCCUGCCACGGAAUCCAGAGUUAGUCUUGCAAAUGUCGGCGGAUUCUGGUCGAAGCUCAAAAAAAGAUCGAUGAUCUUUAAGCCGUCGAACAGUCGGGCAGAUAAGGAUUAG